UAAAUAUCAGCCUCAAUCGUUUUCUCUGCACUGUAAAAGUAAACAUAAUGUUACUAUCGCUCUGAAAUUAUUGUGAAAUUGGGCGGAUGCGCUUUAAAUUAUAAAACCCGCAAAAAUAUUUUAAAUUGGUCAAGAUGGACAAAUACGCAAACUUCUCUGAGGAAUAUAAAAAAGAUGACGAAUUGAAGAGGGAAGAUGUGGAAAAUUUGAGGAACUGGGUGGAUAAACAACCCCAUCUACCUAAAAUCAGUGAACUCCAGGGCGUACUUUUUCUCCAGAGCUGCUAUUACAGCGUCGAACAAGCCAAAAGAGCCAUCGAAAUAUUCUUCACGAUGCGGACAAUGUUCAAGGAACUCUUCAAAAACGGAGACGUCAACGACCCCGCUAUACAAACUGCUCUAAGUGUAGCCAUAAUCUACAUCCUGCCCAGAUGCGACCCAAACGGCCACAAAAUAGUUUUCAUGAGACUCUUAGACACCAACAUAGAAAAAUACACGUUCGUCGAUCACCUGAGGAUGUUCGACAUGAUGAUGACCCUACACAUGCACCUCGAGGGAACGAACCAAGGGGUCAACUUGGUCUUCGACCUUCAAGGAGUCUCAUUCUCUCACCUCCUAAGGCUCAGCCCAGUUUUCGCCCACAAAUACGUAUAUUACCUCCAGGAGGCCUUACCGAUACGUUUAAAGCGUAUAUACCUGACGAAUUCACCAUCGUGGAUAGAUAAGGGUCUAGCCUUCUUCAAGCCCUUCCUCAAAAAGGAGCUAUACGACUCGGUAACUCGAUAAAAUCGAACGGUUCAUUUGA